AUGGCGGCCAAGCUAGCUAACCAAGGUGGCGCUUGCGGCGGUGAGCGGCAGGAGGCGGGGCCCUGCCAGUCCUACGCCAGUGUACUGAAUCCGAAAGGUGCUUCGCAAAGUCGCGCGAGCUCGUUCAAGAGCAACAAUAAGGAGAAUAUAGACGAUCAAGUGACAGGGUCGCAUCAGCAGCAACAGCAUCAACAACAACCACAGCAGCAGCACCACCAUCAUCACCAACAACAACAGCAGCAGCAGCAGCAGCAGCAUCAAACGACGAGUGCAAAGGAGAGAAUAGUGAAGGGAGGUAAGUCCUACCAGAGGGUCACCCGCUGUCCUCAGACUGUCUCGGAAAAGCGCGAUCGCCACGAUAGCCCGUCGUUGUCGUCGAACAUGCCAGUCGUCCUCGUCCACGCGGCAUCGACGUCGACGGCGGCGCCUGGUCUGUCGUCACGCGAGGACGACCCCAGCCAGCUCGAUUCCGCGCGGCUAAAUAACAUUGGCGGCGACGGCGAAUUUCAAACGGUCGCCAAUAAGGGUGCCCGGCGCAAGGAGAAAUUGCGCGAGCAGCAUCGCGAGAAUCAUCGGGAGCGUCACCGGCUGCGCGACAACAACAGUCGCCAACAUCAGCCGCCGCCGCCACCACGUGGUGCCAAUGGCGUCGGGGGCGGCAGCGCCGGUAGACGCGGCAGCGACGACAAGUUGCACAGAGAGCGCGUCGACCGCAAUGGCGUCCCCGACCACGGCUCGAAAGAGGCUCAUCAUCACAAGGAUGAACAGAGCGUCGAGUCGGAGGCGCAGUCGGCGCCUUUGCUACCGCCGCCGCCAGUCAAGUACGUCGAGGCGCCCUUACCCGCGGUGAAUCCCUGGACGAGAAACAGAGUGUCGGUGCCACAGCCCGCGAAGACCCUGCCCUUGCAGCCACUGCAGCCACAGCCACCCAAUGUCCUCACAGUAUCCGACAAACAGAGUGACAGGGAAAGGAGAGUGCUGCAGCCGCAACAGCAGCAGCAGCAGCAGCCACAGCAGCAGCCGCAACAGAGUGUAAUUGAAAAUGGCGUCGAGAGUGGUGCCCAGCCUACAAUAGUCAGAGCCCCCAGAGAUAGGAGGAAAAUCAAUCAAAACGCAAGCGAUUUUACGAACAUUGGAGACUGGCCUACUUUAGGAACGCAAACAGAGAAAAAAACAAAUGUAUCUCCUCCAAAACAAAAUGGUGUGCUCAAUGGUGAACCAAGUACUUCUAAGGCGUGCAACAUCACUGAAAGCAAAGGCAAAGAGAAUAAAGAGCAAGUCAACUAUCAAGAUGAUAGUGAUGAACACAUGGAUAACAGUGAAAAGAAAAAGAAAGCGAAUAAACAAAAAUGGGUUCCCCUUGAGAUUGACUUGGCACAGAACCGUGGGACCAUGCGAUCGCCGAGAUUUCAAAAUCACAGGGAAAGAAAUGGUGAAGCGAAUGAUGGUGAGCACUGGCGUGAAAGGGAUUACGAUAGAUCGACGGGACACAAUUCGCGAGGACGCGGCGGAAGAAAUUACAGAGGUAGAGGACGGGGCGGACGCGGCCGUGGUGGCUUUAGGCAUCGAUACGAUCAUGAAUACACAAAUUAUACGACGAACUGUGUACAGACCCCUGAACAUACGGAUUCUGCAUAUGUGAUUACACCUUAUAUGGGAACAUACUAUUUUAAUAAUACAACUUACUUAGAUACUACCACAUUAAAAGAGUAUAUACGAAAACAAAUAGAGUAUUACUUUUCUGAAGAAAAUCUUGUGAAAGACUUCUUCCUACGUCGUAAAAUGAAUGCUCAAGGAUUUUUGCCUCUUACUUUGAUUGCAUCUUUUCAACGUGUACAAAAUUUAACGAUGGAUCUAGAUUUAGUGAUAGAAGCCGUUUUAGAAUCUGAUAGACUGGAACUGGCAGAAUCAGAAGAUGGAUAUAAACAGAUUAGGACAAAUUUCGAGCCGUUAAAAUGGCCUAUCUCGGACAUAGCCAGUAAUAUUGCCUUUCCAAAUCUUAUGCAACGGCAGUCUGUCCCACCUCAAAACGAAGUAAUUCCUACCUCUGAAACUACAUUUUGUCCCAUCGCAAAGCCUUUACCGACAAUGCCUGCUCCCCCAGUUCCUCGUGUGUUUGAAUCUUACCAUUCCAUUUCGACAGUAAGAAGACAUAGUGAAUCAGAGAUAAAUUCUACGACAAACGAGAUUCUAAAUCCCGAUGUGCCAGAGUUUGUGCCGACAACGGAAAGGACUAAUGGAUUUACCACUACAAAUAAGAACAGUCAAACGAAGAACAAAUUUCACUUUGAAAAGAUAAAGGAAACAUUGGCGAUUGCAGAAAAGUAUCUUCUUUCUCCUGAUAAUAGUCCUCCUAUGGAGAUAAAAGAAGACAAUAAAUUGCCUGCCACAACAGAUGUUAUUACUUCAGACAGUUUAUCGGAACGAAUGAAUGGAGAAUCGGAUUCAUUGAGCGAUAAUGCUUGGAAAGAGGUGAGAAGAAGAGUCAAACAACCACACAAAGACAGAUCGGAGGAUAAAGAGAAAUCUGAAAUUGUUAGAAAUGCAGUACGAGAAGAACUGGAUUUUCAAUUUGACGAGGAAUUCGAUUCGCCACCUCCAACUGGCCGACAUAAUGCCUUUUCGGAAUGGUCCGAAGAUGAAGACGAUAAUGAACUAUCUGAUAGAGAUAUUAAUAAAAUAUUAAUAUUUACACAAACUUGUCCCACAUCAACUAGAAUCCCGAAACACGAAGGCUAUGAUCGAACAGGAGAUUGGAUUACAAGAACAAAAAUGACUCAAGAUUUAGUGCAGCUCAUCAACGACGGAUUAUAUUAUUACGAAGAAGAAUUACGACGAAAACAUGGCUCUUCUUCAUCUAUUGGGAGCUACAAAACGAUUAAUAUGAUUAGUCAAGAAGAUUUCGAAAAGAUGGCACCAAAAGCUCCAAGGAAAGCGAAUCCAGAAGUUCCGCCGCCACCUCCUUCCGCCAUAGAAGAUUUAGAAAUUCCACAAUCGUCUUCAUCAUCACAGUUUCCAAGCACGAGUCCAGAGAAAAAGGAUCACAGAUCAGAAAAGAAUCGUUGGAGUGAUAAACUAUAUCCAAGAGAAGGGCGAAGAAAUACUGCUCCUCGUUUCUUUGCUGUUGUGAAAGAUAAACCAUCUGUAGAUCCGAGAACGCCGCGAAAAAGAAAGACUCGUCACAGCAAUAAUCCUCCAGUGGAACAUCAUAUUGGCUGGAUUAUGGACGUUCGAGAGCAUCAUCCCCGAACAUAUUCCACGGGAAGUAGUACAGGCACAAGUCCUAAUGAAGGUUACCUUGCUAGCAGUUACGGAAGCAUUCCCAGUGUUUGUGAACAUCCGAGUCACGCUUUAUUGAAGGCUAAUGGAUUUACUCAACAAGCAUAUCACAAAUAUCAUUCUCGCUGUUUGAAAGAACGUUCACGAUUAGGUAUCGGACAAUCGCAAGAGAUGAAUACUCUUUUCCGUUUCUGGUCGUUUUUCUUGCGAGAAAACUUUAAUCGUACUAUGUACGAAGAAUUCAGGACUGUAGCUAAAGAGGAUGCUUGCGCUGGAUACCGAUAUGGACUAGAGUGCCUUUUCAGAUUUUAUAGUUACGGUUUGGAAAAGAAGUUUAGACAUUUGCUAUACACAGAUUUUGAAGCAGAAACGAUACAAGAUUACGAAAGUGGACAGCUGUAUGGAUUGGAAAAAUUCUGGGCAUUUUUGAAAUAUUAUAAGAAUUCUAAUCAACUUCAUGUAGAUUCUAAAUUGCAAGAAUACCUAUCAAAAUUUAAGAGCAUUGAAGACUUCAGAGUAGUAGAAUCUGAAAUAAAAGCGAUGCUCCAAACUGGAAGAAUACGUAAUAGAACUGUUUCUGAAAGCGCUAGAGAAGAUUCACAGACUAGCGAAGAUGAUAAUACACUGCCAAACGCGCAAGAGUCGCAUUUAUCACAGUUUCGAAGUAGAGCCAGUUCUUUCGGCUCUAAACUGUAUCAUUUGCGACGUCGGAAUGACUCCACGUCGUCUAGCAGCCAGCGAGAUCUCAACAAGCAACAGUCUCGAAAUAGGCAGAAUUGUAUUUUCUUCCCAAAAUCUUCUGACACGAGCAAAUCGCAAGUCACUGCCAGAGAACGAACUCAAGCCAACUUCAAGUCUGAAGCAAGCAAAUCCGUCACGAUUAAGGCAGAAGGCUCGUCUGCCUCCCAAAAAUGAAAUCGCGCGGCAAUACGAGGAACGCGGAUUUCGAAUAAUUCUGUAAAAGUGGAUGAAACUGUCGAAUCGCCUUAAAUAUGAAAUGGCGAUAGUAUUUUCGAUAGUAUAUAUUAUUGAGAAACAAAGCGUCAUAAUCGGGAAACGAAGAAUGGAACGUACAUCUUGUCCUAUUUAUGUGAUUUUGAAGAUUGUUGCUAUAUGAAAAAGGUAAAUUGUUAAUAGACUUAGAGUCGUGAUUUAGUGCUUAAGAAUGUAUUGAUCGAUAUUUAAACCCCUCGACGCGAAGGAUAUUUUCACUGGCUUCCCAUAUAACAAUGCUUAAUUUCGUACGAUAAAGCUGAAGGCAGAAGCAUGAGAACGCGUGUAUAUACAUGAUGAAACAGUCUAAUGAUGUGAAUAUUCUAGUUCGUUCAAUCACGCUUUUAUUUCAUAUAUCUUGCAGUGACGAGCAGGCGAGCAGUAUCGUACUGUUCGGAGAUGUGACUGUAAGAUACUGUUUGCUCAAGCGAAUGUUUGAUGUACAAAAAGAUAAAAUAUCUUUAUCCAAAAGACAGUAUAAAAAUUAUAAAUAUGUAUGUAAUAGAUAAGCGCCUAAAUAUUAUACAUUUGACUACUUUAUUAUGUAAAUUCAGAGACUAAUCAUAUAAUUCAUAAAUAUUUAGUUGUGUAGAUAUAUAUAUAUAUAUAUCUGUGUAACGGCCAUUGGAUUUGUGCCGUCUUUACUAAUUAUUAAAAUUAUAUAAAUUCUAAUCUUUCUGCAAAUAUUUUUUUAUUAGAAAAGGUGCUCUUUUUGUUUUUCUUUUUUUUAACAGAUAUGUUUUAUAAGAAACACACUUGUUCUUUAUAUCAUUGAAAUAUACUAAUGACGUUUACUUAUUCUCAAAAUAAUAGCAAUUAAUGUUACAUCCUGAACUUCUAUUUUAGUUCUCAAUAUAAUUGCGUGGCGGACUUCCAUGUAAUAAUAUAAUAUCUUUAUAUUAACUUCCCCAUAUUUAUUUUUGCUAAAAAAAUAUGUAGGUUACAAAAAUAUCCGCGUGAAUAUUAAUAGCUUGUAUUUUAAAAAAUCAACGUUGUUGCAUUAGUUAAGUUUUUUAGACUCUUCAAUUCAUUCUUUGGAAUCAAGUUUUUUUUAGAUAUCACUUUAUGAUUUCUUAUAUUACCUCUAUGAAUAUACUAUUUGCAUUAAUCGAUUUUGCAUAUACAUAUGUUUAUACAUACGCUGUCUAUGCAAUAAUUACAUAUAUAAAUAUGAUGAAAUGAAAGCGUUACGAAGAUUGAUUUAUAUCGUAUUUAUUUCGCAUCAUAAGACGGAUGAUGAGAACUCGUAGAGUAACUUGUAAAUAAAGAAUCGAUCGAACGCACUGUGGCCGUUUUUAGCAAUCAAACGAAUUUAUAAAUUGUCGAUGGUUGUUUUUUAUUCCUUAAGCAAGUCGAUCACUCUAGGCUAUUUGUAAAAUGUAUAUUCGAGGGAUGAUGAGAUAUGCUUUCGUACAGGAAACUGCUUACGUUUGUAUCUUAUAAAUGUCGUCCUGAGCAUACUAGUCACAUAUCGAACCGACGUAUUAUUAUCACUCAUGAUUUAUACAAAAGAAAAAAUCAAGAUGAUACAGUUAUCAGUUUUAUAAUAAGCAAUAACGCUUGAGCGAAAGCGAACGAUCGUAGCGUUGAUUAGGAAGAAAACUAAAAAGAAAAAGAAACAACGCCUUUGAACGCAAGAACGGUUAUAAUUUUUGCAAAUAGCUUUAUUUCGUUGACCGAUAUAUUACAUGAAAGUGUACAUUUUAAGUAAUUUGGCUAAUGUUACACACGGCGACACUUACGAUCGCGAUAUUUUAUUCGGUUGAACGCAGAAUGCAGAUGUCUUUCAAAACGUUUAAGUUACACAAUAUCGACAUUAGCAUUUUCAAGAUUGAAGAGAAAACGGGGAAUAUAUUUUAUGUAACGUCAAUUGAAACAUUGACAAAUUAGUAAAUCACAAGAUUGUGUGCAUUCAAUACGGAUGAUGAACUCUCGCUACAAUCUUUUGGAUUUUUUCCCAUCUUUGUCUUCCCAUUGUUACUCCAAUGAAAUCUUCUUUCGCUAUUAAAGACAGGAUAUAAUCCAAAAAUUAAAAUUUACGGAGAUGGAUUCGGACUUCGUAUUGUCAUCGAUUGAGAUUGCAAUUAGCAUACCAAUACAUUUUAUGGACGACAUUUACAUGUUGAUAGUUGCAAAAAUUAAACGCUACAAUAUCACUUGUUAAUUAUUUUUUAUUUGAUAAUAUAAAUAAUUACAAGAGAAUUGGAAUUAAACGGCAGAGAAUAAAGUGCGUCUCGUUCUUAAGAGAGUAACGUUUACUCUCAACAAAAAAAAAAGAAGAAAGGAACACAUUGCUUCCGCACAGUUAUAGUGAAAGUUGACGAUGAUAAACGAGGCGACAAUCGGAAGUCUCUGCGUUUGUUCGACGUUUCAUCUUUGGUAAGGGUAAGGGGAGCAUCGCUUUUAUAAAUAAAAAUCGAUUACAAGCAUAAUCAACAGUUGGAUUUCUUCUCGUUCUCAUUGAUCUCUUUCGUAUGUAUAACAAAACUCACGUUAAUAUGUUUCAAGUUAUCACGAAGAAUUGAAAAUAUAAAAUAGUGACGUGAAGACGAUAGGGAACGAAACGCGUUUCUCCGAGUGAGAAAGGAAAAGAAAAUGUAUGAUCGUCGAACAGACGAGAGGCAAUUGUUAGCACAAAUAAUUUCCUAUCAAUUUAUCAGUCGCGAUAUAGUGAUAGAUAUAUACAGAGUGCCAGGCGAGAGAAAAUAAUAAGAGUAAUCAGAACUACAUGCUCAUUGAUUAUUGUAAAUACUUUCAUAGUUCGAUUUUUAGCGAUUUAGAUGUAUCUGUAGAUUUUUAAGCCAGUGACUAUAGUGUUAAGCUAUAAGCCUUUAUAUAACGUAUGAGAUAAGAUCUUAGUUCGAUAAGUUUAUGAGCUAGAUGUACGAUCGGCUUAAAUGUUAUUACAGGCUUGUUUCUCGUGGCGUGUUCUGGCAAUCGUUAAAUACGGGAGGAGAAUAUGGAAUUGUUUUCCGAGGUAAAAACGCUGAUAUGAAAAAAAUGAGAUCCUGAUAAUGUAUUCAGCGCCGAUUUUUCUCACUGUAAUGCACCGUUUCAUAUCUAAUGCAUGUUGUGCUAUCAUGCAAUGUUGUUUCCCCCCUCCCCCCCUUUGCAGAUGAGAGACA